CACUACAAAGACAGCGUCCCAUCCUCAUGGCACUUCGGUCACAGUGAAAAUGGCUAUAUGGACCAUGAUCUUUUUCACAAGUGGUUUGUCAACGUGUUUGUCCCUAACUGCGGCAGAGAGAGACCCGUAAUACUUGUAAUGGACAACCAUGACUCUCAUAUAAGUAUCGCUGUCAUUGAGAAGGCAAUAUCAGAGGGUAUUGUGCUUCUUGGUCUGCCUGGGCAUUCCACUCAUAUCCUGCAACCUUUAGACGUCAAUAUUAUAUCACCGCUGAAAGACGCGUACACGAAAGUGGCAGCCGGUCUUGGCUACUUAAAUACCACUGUCAGUGUUGGGAAAGCCAAGUUUCCGGUCGUCUUAAAGCAUGCAAUGGACAAGAUUGCGCCAGCUACCAUAGUCAACGGUUUCGCUAAAACUGGCAUCUGUCCGUUCAGUCCUUCUGUGAUAGACACGUCACAGAUAGUAGAACCGACUUUCAGAGACGACGCAAACGGAGGACCAGAUGAGCCUGAGGUGAGGACCUGUGGUACCUGUGGGUCUUACAUUACUAACCCAUUGGUGAGAAGAGGACUCAUUUCAAAUUCACUGGCAAACAUUCUGGUACCCCCUCCCACAAAACCACAGAAUAAACAGCAGAAAAGAACACGGGUUGUAGCCGAGGGCAGACUUAUCAGUGGCAAUGAUAUGCUGAGUCAGCUAAAGGAGAAGGAAGAACUUGCUGAAAAAAAGAAGAGUGAAUUAGAAAAAAGGAAAUGGAAAGAAAAGAAAACUGAAAGAAGAAGAUGAUAGGAUGAAAAAGAAAAGAGAAUGAAAGAAAAAGAAGAAAGAGAAGCUAGA